AUGCAAGAUCAUGAUGCUUUGAAUGAAGCAGAAAAUGGGGUAAUGCUUGUCUCUUCAGAAGAAAUUCCAAGAACACAAAAACAAAGAAAGAAAAAUUGGAAAUGUGUUUUUCCUAAUUGUAAUGAACCAGUAAAAACUCGAUUUAAUUGUUAUGCCCAUGUGUGGGAUGCUCACUUACGUCAAUACUAUACUCAAAAUUAUCCUGAUAUGUAUCCAACAACUGCAUUCAAAAAAACACAAAACAAAACACCAAUGAAAAGUCUUUGCGAAAAAUAUAUGAUUCAAUUAGUUGAAAAACCAAAUUCUAAAGAAAAGGGAAGCAGUGAAACAAAGCAACAAAAUUCAUUAAAUGAAGUAUUUCCACAAAUCCCAAUUAUCGAACAAAAUACUCUAAAAACUGAACAAAAUAUUAUUCAUACUAAUUCUCCUGAUCAAACUUCUAAUGGUGCUCGUGAAAUAGAAAUGUCUUCACCAAACCAAUCAAAUGAAGUAUCUGUACCAUCUCCAUCAAGAAUAACAAAUAAUCAUGAACAAAUCUCGGAAUCAAAUUAUCCAUUUGCAUUUUUAUCUGAGUACCAAUUUAAUAGUCAAUUUAUUACAAAUAAUUAUCAUAUUUCUCCAACUGAACAACCAAUUCAACAAUUUCAACCAACUGCAACUAUUGCCAUUGAAGAAACAAAUCAACAAAACCCCAAUAUUAUUCAAGACAAUUCUGAUUUUAUUAAAAUAGAACAAAUAACUACACAAUUAAAACGAUUACAUGUUUUUGGUGAAAUAUUUGCUGAAAAUGGAUAUCUUGUUCGUUCUGAUGCUAGAUCUAAAACAGAUAUUCAAACAAUUGAAAACGCAUUAAAUUCAGUUACUUCUUUAGUUGGUAAAAAAUAUGCUUAUAAAAAUGAACCAAAUAAAAUAAAAUAUGGAUUUAUUGCACAAGAAGUUCAAGAAGUUAUUCCAGAUUUAGUUCAAAAAGAUGAAAGUGGUAAUUUGAGUGUUGAUUAUUUAGGUGUUAUUCCAUACAUAGUAGAGGCACUAAAAACUAUACAUGAUAAUUCAGUAAGUUUAGAAAAUUCAUCAAGAAAAGAAUAUACUGAAUUAUCUCAAAUAGUCGAAGAUGCUGUUUUACAACUUCAAAUGUUAAUGGAAGAAAAAGGAAAACAUAUCUUUCUUGAAAAAGAAUCAAGGGCUUCAAAACUAUUAACAUUUGAUAUAUUUGGGCCACCCAAUAAUAGUAUU